AUGGAGGGGCAAUCAACAAAAUGGACGUUUAGAGGGAAUGAGCUGUUGGAUGAAACAGCAGCUGUUAGUGUCAGAGCUUAUCUGAAUAUGCUGUAUGAUCAUGUUAACAAAGAUGAUCAAAGGCCUAUUAUUCCCCUUGCCCACGGUGACCCCUCGGCAUUUGCGUGCUUCCGAACCAGCCCUGAAGCUGUAGAUGCUAUUGUUCAUGCUGUUCAAUCAAAUGAGUUCAAUUCAUAUGCUCCCGCUAUUGGAAUCCUUCCAGCAAGGAGGGCCGUGGCAGAAUAUCUUUCUGCUGAUCUUCCAUACAAUUUAUCAGCAGAUGACAUUUAUCUUACAGUUGGUUGUACACAAGCAAUAGAAGUCAUAUUAUCUGUUCUUGCUCGUCCUGGUGCCAAUAUUCUGCUUUCUAGACCAGGAUAUCCAAUAUAUGAAUCACGGGCGGUUUUUAACAAGCUUGAAGUACGCCAUUUUGAUCUUAUACCAGAAAAAGGUUGGGAGGUUGAUCUUGAAUCAGUUGAAGCCCUUGCAGAUGAGAACACUGCUGCCAUGGUUAUUAUUAGCCCUGGCAAUCCCUGUGGAAAUGUCUUCUCUUACCAACAUUUGAAGAAGGUUGCAGAGACUGCAAGAAAACUUGGGAUACUUGUGAUUGCUGAUGAAGUUUAUGGCCAUCUAGCAUUUGGAAGUAAUCCAUAUGUACCCAUGGGGGAGCUUGGAUCCAUCGCGCCUGUUAUUUCUCUUGGUUCUAUAUCGAAAAGAUGGAUUGUUCCGGGUUGGCGAUUUGGUUGGGUUGCAACUUGCGAUCCUAAUGGCAUCCUUAAGAAAUAUGGGAUAGCGGAUAGCAUUAAGAACUAUUUCAACAUCGCAAGUAACCCUGCAACCUUUAUUCAGGCAGCAAUUCCUAGAAUCCUUGAGAAAACAAAAGAAGAUUUCUUCUCGAGAACUAUUAACAUAAUGAGAGAAGCCGCAGACAUAUGUUAUGAACAAAUUAAGGAGAUCCCUUUGGUUACUUGCCCACAUAAACCUGAUGGAUCCAUGUUUGCUAUGGUAAAACUAAAUCUCUCCUUGCUUGAAGACAUCAGCGAUGAUAUGGACUUCUGUGUCCAGCUGGCAAGAGAGGAAUCUGUGAUUGUUCUGCCAGGAGUAGCUGUUGGACUGAAAAACUGGCUCCGGAUAACAUUUGCCAUCGAGCCAGAGUCUCUUCAACAAGGCCUCGACAGGAUGAAAGCAUUUUGUCAAAGGCACAGCAGGAAGUGA